CCAUCCCCUUAUUACAACUCCUCCUCCUCCAAGAGGAAUUACAGAAAAAUCAACUACAAAAACACUCUCCAAAAUCCAAUCUUGAUAGGUCUUUUCCAUGUUUCUUUGAAAACCCAGAAAAAAUAAUUAACACAUGUCUGCGAAUACUAGUGGUGAUCUCUGUAAGAAAAUGGAUAUGGAUCGGAUCAAGGGUCCAUGGAGCCCCGAGGAGGACGAGCUGUUGCAGCAGCUGGUGCAGAAGCACGGUCCCAGAAACUGGUCCCUCAUCAGUAAAUCUAUUCCCGGGAGAUCCGGCAAAAGUUGCCGAUUGAGGUGGUGCAACCAACUCUCGCCGCAGGUGGAGCACCGGGCGUUUACUCCCGAGGAAGACGAGACUAUUAUCCGGGCUCAUGCCAAGUUCGGCAACAAAUGGGCCACGAUAGCCCGACUUCUAUCGGGUCGAACCGACAACGCCAUCAAGAAUCACUGGAACUCCACCCUCAAGCGCAAGUGCGCUUCUCUUAGCUCCGAUGAAGGUAACUUUAAUGAUAACAAUGAGUUUGGGAGUCAAACGGAGCGCCCUCUGAAGAGAUCCGUCAGCGCUGGGUCGGGCGUCCCGGUUUCGGGUCUUUAUUUGAGUCCUGGCAGCCCGUCCGGGUCGGACGUCAGCGAUUCGAGUCUCCCCGUUAUGUCGGCCUCGCAUGUCUAUAAACCUGUGGCGAGAGCCGGCGCUGUUUUGCCGUCACAGCUCGAAACGGCGUCCUCCCCCCCUGACCCCCCGACUAGUCUCAGCCUUUCCCUUCCCGGAGUGGAGUCAAAACAGUCAACCAAUCACGAAACUGAAACAGCUCCGCCGAAAACUAAUCCCAUCCAAUUACUUCCCGUUCUGCCCACUCCGCCACCGCCGCAGCCGCCGUCGCCUCCAGCCAGACCAAUUGCCAUCCCUCUUCAACCACAUGCUCCUAUUAACAACAGGGUAGGGUUCGGCUCACCAGUCACGGCACCAGCCCCGCCGCUGCCGCAGGAACAAGACAAAAUUUUUAUGCCGUUCAGCGCAGAGUUGAUGGCGGUGAUGCAAGACAUGAUAAGAGCGGAGGUAAGGAAUUACAUGGCGGGAUUUGAGCAACAACACCAACGCUAUCAGCAACAACAAUACAUUCAGCAGCAACAGCACAAUCAUCAGCAGCAGCAGCAGCAGCAUCAGUAUCAGCAGAUGUGCAUGCAGCAAGCAGAAUGAGCGACAGC